GGUAGAAUAUGAUGAUGCUAAAUGGUAGAAUGUGAUGAUGCUCAAUGGUAGAAUAUGAUGAUGCUCAAUGGUAGAAUGUGAUGAUGCUCAAUGGUAGAAUAUGAUGAUGCUCAAUGGUAGAAUGUGAUGAUGCUCAAUGGUAGAAUAUGAUGAUGCUCAAUGGUAGAAUAUGAUGAUACUCAAUGGUAGAAUGUGAUGAUGCUCAAUGGUAGAAUGUGAUGAUGCUCAAUGGUAGAAUGUGAUGAUGCUCAAUGGUAGAAUGUGAUGAUGCUCAAUGGUAGAAUGUGAUGAUGCUCAAUGGUAGAAUGUGAUGAUGCUCAGGGUAAAGGUCAUGGUUAAAGGCUCCAUUGUGGUCUCAUAGCCUCCUGUAGAGGAUAUCAGGAGUAUUUUGGAGCCAGAUUCUCUUUCAAGAGACUUUUCUAUCCCACCAUCUUCAACAUGGCGUGUGGAAUACUUCCAGACUGGACCAGCAGAGGACCCAUCAUCCACACUUCAGGUCUAGCUCCGCAGGGUUUUACAUGUUCACCACAUCUGGGUCAGGAGGCCCCCGCAUGCCUGCAGCGGCGGGACAGGCGUCUGCAUGUCUGCCGUCGGGACGCACGCAUAAAUACCUGGACGUCCAGACGCCGCGUUCACUGUCGGACCGUCUGCAGGUGGAAGACGGACGAGGAGGCUGAGAGACACCAACAUGGUCCCACUGAGGCUGGUCGCCUUCGGCUUGCUGGCUGCUGCUUGGUAUUUCACUCGUGCUGCUGAGGGAGAGGUCAUCUACGCCUGUCUCAAUGAAACCGCUCAGAUAUCAUGUGACGUCGGCGCGAAGAUAAAGCUGGAUCACAUCCUGUACAAGGUCGGCGUGGGGACGAGGUGCGGCGAGGGAAAACGCUACCCAGACGACGGGCCAGACAACUACUGCUCCUUCCCCUACGCUGAGAUGGUGGUGGAGGACCUCUGUGCCAACAAGAGGUCCUGUGAGGUCCCCGUCACUGAGCCAGUGUUUGGUGAAUAUCCCUGUAAGGAGCAGACCAGGUACCUGGAGGUGUCCUACACCUGCGCCACACCACCACCUCCUCCACCUCCACCGCCACCUCCAACCAAACCUGACUGAGGGUGAAAACAGGAGAGGUCACACAUCAUCAAGGCGUCAUAUCUUCGGGGCGUAGACAAACCAGCCGAUGAAGAAUGACGCUUCUAAACCUUUACUGGACAGAAAACAGCGUGAAGACGCAUCACCUCCAUCUCUAACAUCUCAGUAACAACCUCAUGCUGUCGUGUUCUUUACUGUCUGACGAACCAGAAACAACCUGAUAUUUUACAUCUUAAAAUACAAGUCUGGAUUCAUGUAUCUAAAAUGUGUAAAACCUAUCUGAGCUUAAUUACUCCAGAAGGAUUAUAAGUCAUUAAAAUCAUUGU